AUGCUACAAGCCAAGCUGCAAGCUAUGCUACAAGCCACGCUACAAGCUAUGCUACAAGCCACGCUGCAAGCUAUGCUACAAGCCACGCUACAAACUAUACUACAAGCCACGCUGCAAGCUAUGCUACAAGCCACGCUACAAGCUAUGCUACAAGCCACGCUGCAAGCUAUGCUACAAGCCACGCUACAAGCUAUGCUGCAAGCCACGCUACAAGCUAUGCUGCAAGCCACGCUACAAGCCACGCUACAAGCUAUGCUGCAAGCCACGCUGCAAGCUAUGCUACAAGCCACGCUGCAAGCUAUGCUACAAGCCACGCUACAAGCUAUGCUACAAGCCACGCUGCAAGCUAUGCUACAAGCCACGCUGCAAGCUAUGCUACAAGCCACGCUGCAAACUAUAUUACAAGCCACGCUACAAGCUAUGCUACAAGCCACGCUACAAGCUAUGCUACAAGCCACGCUACAAGCUAUGCUACAAGCCACGCUGCAAGCUAUGCUACAAGCCACGCUGCAAACUAUACUACAAGCCACGCUACAAGCUAUGCUACAAGCCACGCUACAAGCUAUGCUACAAGCCACGCUGCAAGCUAUGCUACAAGCCACGCUACAAGCUAUGCUACAAGCCACGCUACAAGCCACGCUACAAGCUAUGCUACAAGCCACGCUGCAAGCUAUGCUACAAGCCACGCUACAAGCUAUGCUACAAGCCACGCUGCAAGCUAUGCUACAAGCCACGCUACAAGCUAUGCUACAAGCCACGCUACAAGCCACGCUACAAACUAUACUACAAGCCACGCUACAAGUUAUGCUACAAGCCACGCUACAAGCUAUGCUACAAGCCACGCUACAAACUAUACUAGAAGCCACGCUACAAGCCACGUUACAAGCUAUGCUACAAGCCACGCUACAAGCUAUGCUACAAGCCACGCUACAAGCCACGGUACAAGCUAUGCUACAAGCCACGCUACAAGCUAUGCUACAAGCCACGCUACAAACCACGCUACAAACCACGCUACAAACCACGCUACAAGCCACACUACAAACCACGCUACAAACCACGCUACAAGCCACACUACAAACCACGCUACAAACCACACUACAAACCACGCUACAAGCCACGCUACAAACCACACUACAAGCCAAGCUACAAGCCAAGCUACAAGCCAAGCUACAAGCCACGCUUCAAGCCAAGCUACAAGCCAAGCUACAAGCCAAGCUACAAGCCACGCUACAAGCCAAGCUACAAGCCAAGCUACAAGCCACGUUACAAGCCACGCUACAAACCACACUACAAACCACGCUACAAACCACAUUACAAGCCACGCUACAAACCACAUUACAAGCCACGCUACAAACCACGCUACAAACCACAUUACAAACCACGCUACAAGCCACGCUACAAACCACACUACAAGCCAAGCUACAAGCCACGUUACAAGCCACGCUACAAACCACGCUACAAACCACGCUACAAACCACAUUACAAGCCACGCUACAAGCCACGCUACAAACCACGCUACAAACCACAUUACAAGCCACGCUACAAACCACGCUACAAACCACGCUACAAACCACACUACAAGCCACGCUACAAACCACGCUACAAACCACGCUACAAACCACAUUACAAGCCACGCUACAAACCACGCUACAAACCACAUUACAAGCCACGCUACAAGCCACGCUACAAACCACGCUAUUGACGGGGCGGAUCUUGUAG